UUUGUCUUCCAUAAACAAACAAAACAAAAAAGAUAUCGUUUUACUAGUUGCAGCUUUGCAGUGACUCGGAUAUGUUUAUAUUUUCUGUUGCCGCAACAAGGAGACCUGCAAUUAGUAUUUGUUCAAGGCUUGUUACGACAAUGUCAAAAUAUUUUGAAGAGUUUGAAAUUGUGCCAGAUGUGAUCGAUAAACAACCACCUGCACUCGUAAAGGUAGAAUAUCCAUGCGGUGUUUCUGUAAAUAUUGGAAAAGAAUUGACACCUACGCAAGUUAAGGAUCAGCCAACUGUAAAAUGGGAUGCCGAUAACUCAACUUAUUAUACCCUUUGUAUGACAGAUCCUGAUGCACCAAGUCGAAAAGAACCAAAAUAUCGUGAAUGGCAUCAUUGGCUCGUUACAAAUAUUCCUGGCGACGAGGUUUCAAAAGGAGAUGUUUUAUCCGAUUACAUUGGGUCAGGUCCUCCACCCAAUACAGGUCUUCAUCGCUAUGUUUUUUUGGUAUACAAACAGCCAGAGAAAUUGAGUUUCAGUGAGAAAAGAUUAACAAAUCGCAGUGAUAAAGGGCGUGGAAAUUUUUCAAUUAAGAAAUUUGCUGAAAAAUAUAAUUUAGGGAGUCCGAUUGCUGGCAACAUGUACCAAGCCGCUUACGAUGAUUACGUUCCUACAUUGUAUAAGCAAUUGAAAGAAUAAAUUUACUCGUAGAAGUGGUUUUUCAUUUUCAUAAAAGCCAGUUCAUUAAAUCCCGAUUAAAAUAUUUCAUGCGGAUUUUUCAGAAAUCGUUCAAUUAUCAAAAGUAUAAAUAAUUAAAUUAUUUUUACUUCAGUGAUAUAGAACAGAAUUCCAAAUU